AUGGCUGAACAUUUCCAUGUAAAUACUCCCUUACUUGAAAGUGCUGCAAUGUCCAAACGUGUGGGAAUCACUGUGUAUCUGAAAAUGGAGAAUUCGCAGCCCUCUGGUUCUUUCAAGAUCCGCGGCAUUGGAUACCUGUGCCAACAGCUUGCAUCACAGGCCAAAGGAUUUGUCUGUUCCUCUGGAGGAAAUGCUGGAAUGGCGGCUGCAUAUGUAACACGAAAAAUGGGUGCACCAGCCACUAUUAUUGUUCCCUCAUCAACGCCGCAUUUUGUUGUCCAAAGACUCAAGGAUCAAUGUGCUACUGUCAAGAUAAUAGGCAAAGUAUGGGAUGACGCAAACGCUGAGGCUCUUAGACUUGUCAAAACAGAGGGUCUUGCCUAUGUACCUCCAUUUGAUCAUCCCCUGAUAUGGAAGGGACACUCGAGCGUGAUCUUAGAAGUUGCAGCCAGUUUGGGCCCAAAUGUCAAGCCUGGAGCAGUGCUGACAUCAGUGGGUGGAGGGGGGCUCCUCUGUGGGCUCGUCGAGGGCCUGAAGGAUGCAGGCUGGAUGGAUGUGCCCAUCAUCGCCAUGGAAACAGUUGGGGCAGACUGUUUGAAUGCUUCAGUUAAGGCAGGAAGGAUAGUUACCUUGGAUGACAUCACCAGUGAAGCGAAAUGUCUCGGGGCAAAGACCGUUUGUACAAAAGCAUUUGAAUACUGUCAAAGCAAUGAGAUCAAAAUAAUAUCUGAAGUUGUGACUGACCAGCAGGCUCUUCAUGCUGUGGAGACAUUCCUUGAUGAGGAGCGAGUACUGGUGGAAAUGGCAUGUGGAGCAACACUUGCAGCCAUCUACAGUGGAGUUGUGCAACGAUUACAGGAGGAAGGUCGUCUACCGCCUCUCAUGGGUCCCCUGCUGGUUAUCGUGUGCGGAGGCAGCAAUAUCGACACGGAGCAGCUAUCAAUUUUGAAACAAAGGCUGCAGACCAAGUAA